AUGCAUCAGCCUCCGCCCGCUGAUCAGUCGACCUUCGACUCACAGGCGCGGUACAACCUUCAAGCCACGGAAGAUGUCGACGACGAGCAGCAUUUUGUCGAGGAGGAGAAGAAGCGGACCAUCCAGUUGCCUAAAAGACCAAACUACAAGCCGAAGCCGUUGCGAUGGCCGUUCAUUACUGUCGUUAUUCUUCUGCUCGGGAUCCUCAUGGCUUUGGUCAUUGUCGCCAGGACGACGAUGCCUAAUUCUGACAGCACGGCGACCAUUGAACCCAGGCAUAUCUUAAUGUACCGGCAAAAUGGAACUUCAGAUGGGCAGUCAACAUCGACCGAUCCACCGCCGUCAACGUCCCCGGCCGAAACCAACUCGACACCGGCAACGUCCUCCUCCACGGCAACUGCUGUGCCGAGUACUUCGACUGUAGCGAACCUCCCUAUCAGUACCGGCCCCGACCUACCAACAAGUUCUGGAUCUCAAACUCAGGCAACAUCAGAACAGCCAUUACGGGCCUCGGAGUCAUCCACAUUGCCUAGUCGCUCUAUCUUAGAGGUGUCAUCUCCAGAAGUGCCAUCUUCAGAAAAGCAGGAAGUCGUGCCCACUUCAGAUCACGCCGUGGUAGCACCUGACCAACCGACCAUCACUGUGAUUCCGGAGUCAAAUCCGUCUGACGAGACUGUUCGGGCGUCUUCGAAGAACCCUAUUACCACUGCGGCUCCGGAGCCAACGGACUCGACAUCAUUCUCAUCGAAGACUAUGGUGGAGACCACAAGCACUGCUUCUGAGACACAAACUACAUCCUCUAUCAAUUCGAAAGACAGCAUUGUAUCAACAGGUCCAGAAUCCAGCUCUACAACCGCCAAGACAGGAACAACAAGCAGUUCAGACAACGAGUCAAAGUCUGCGUCGUCGACAAAGUCAGAACGCAGUGCUGACGCAACUUCAUCAAGCACAGGCCGUCGAGGGAAAGAGGGUCCGGCCAUCACCGAUACGACUUCUGGAUCCGAGAUCACGUCGUUCACGUCAAGUACCAGCCGCGGUCGGUUCAAAUUGCCUGUUAUCACCAGCGAAUUCACAACAACCAUCACCAAACCUGGUUCCACUACCACAUACACCAACGAGGUCACCAUCCAUGUGCCUUCAACCUUCACGUCAACCGGAAAGACAACGAUACCCGGAACCCAAGGCGUAACGACGUACACAGACGUCCGCACAACCAGCGUACCGCGUACCAUCACGAGAUCGGGCGUGGCGAGCUUCCCCCACGUGACAAUAAUACCAGUCAAACCAACGAUAACUAGUAUCCAAACCAUUAACCACGAGCCGACCGUAUCGGAAGUCGUGGAGACCUCCUUUGAGCCCACAGAAAUCACGUACACCUCGACGUCCGCUUUUACCGUGCCACCACGCACAAGCGAUGUUACUUCCGUCAUCGUCAGUGCCGUGCCGUCAACGGUCGCAUCCGUCGUCACAAGUACAAGCCCUCCUCAGGUCUAUGUGUCAGUGGGAACCACCGAGAUUACCAAGUUCAUCACCGUCCCUGGUGGGAACCGAGGCAACGAGCCGCAGACCCAGCCUCCAGUCUUUCAGGUCAUUACCAGCGUUUACGACGGAAAGGUCGAAACAUUUGUGGACAAGGGCACCCUUCCACACUCAAUCCAGCAGGGGCCGGCGCAUUCAAAGAGAUGGCCACCACGAUUAACGGAAAGGCGACCGUCGUCAACGUUCCUGUCACUCAGGAACCAGUACUACUGGCUGUACAGACCAUAA